AUGAAGACAACUAUCACCAGACUAUCUAUUGAACUGAAACAGCAGAUUGCAGACCAUCUGAAUAUGAAAGACAUUGCAUAUCUAGCUUAUAUCUGCAAAUUCUUUCUCUUGAUUGAGCUAUAUCUUUAUAAGACCAUCAACUUGAACACCUCCAAGAAGACAUAUUUCCAUGUGUUAAAAUUGUCAGCAAUGAUCAAUAAAGAUUCAACUCUGGCUGAAUAUAUCAAAACACUCAAGAUCAGUGAUCUGAGAAAAGAUGAUAUCAGACAGAUGAACAAAUUGAAUGAAUUGAUGAAAGCAGAGGAAUGA